UCGUCGAACAACCAGAUCAGACAGUCAAGAUGGCUCCCGCACGCAAGAAGUGGUCCAAGGGCAAGGUCAAGGACAAGGCCCAGCACGCCGUUGUCCUCGAGAAGCAGGUCGCUGAGCGUCUCAACAAGGACGUCCAGUCCUACCGUCUCAUCACCGUCGCCACCCUUGUCGAUCGUCUUAAGAUCAACGGCUCCCUCGCCCGUAAGGCUCUUGAGGACCUCGAGGAGAAGGGCCAGAUCAAGAAGGUUGUCGGCCACUCCAAGUUGAACAUCUACACCCGUGCCGUUACCGCUGAGUAAACGUUUCCUCACUAGUCUUUUCUCGCGGUCCUCUCAUAUUUUACGAAUGAUAUCUCAAAAUUCGGAAGCUUGGCUGGGCGAAUGAUGUAUAGUGGUUCAAUGAAUCAAUCAAUUUCGGAGUGAAAUCCU